UCAGCGGAGCAAGUCGGCGUUUUCCGCUGACGUAAUUCUUCCGUGCGGGGGAAGAGCCUGCCCGCCGCACCAUGCUCAACAGUCAUCGAUAUCCUUAAGUUAUGACUGAUCAUGCACAUGUCCCGCUUUUACAAGGUAGUUGUUUCUGCCAGGCCGUUUCAUAUGCCGUUUUUGCUCGUCCAAUUUUGAGCGCGUAUUGUCACUGUACGGGCUGCCAGAGAUUGACUUCGUGCCCAUUCAUUCACACCAUGCAUUUCGAUGCUUCUGCAUUCACAUGGACAUUUCCAGAACCUCACGAGUCUCGAUUAGACUUCUACGACAAUAUUCUCAAGCCAUACAAGCGACGGUAUAGGUGCAAGACCUGCGGCGUUGGGGUUGCAUCUCACAACUCUAAUACCAACCGCGUUAGCAUAUGGGGCGCAACUUUGGAUAGAAAUGAGGAUGGGAAGAUAGUUGGCUGGGAUAUUGCCAAGCCGACUGCUCAUCAGUUCUAUGGAACACGGAUGCUGGAUGUUAAUGAUGAUUUGACUAAAUGGGAAGGAUAUGAAUCGAAUUCAGAUAAUCUGAAUUAGAUACCAUUGAGCUCAUUGUCCACAAUGUGUAGAAGUGGACGUGGAAGUGGUCUCGGCGCUUCGAGUCACCCGAACUAACCACGGCCAAAGCAAAUUUAAUAUAUAUUGUACACAGCUUG